AUGGCACAGGUAUUGUGGAAUGGGCGGCAAGCGGGAUACACAUCUGGCGUCUCUUCCCUUGCGGCCGCAAUCAAGAGAUAUGGAAAUGCGAGGGAGUGGAGUGCCGCGCUUGAGUUGUUCUGGGAUGCGUCGCGGUCUAAGACGCAGGUCGGCGAUUUUCUUUACAACGUCGCUAUCAGCGCUUGCGGACAAGGCAGGCAGUGGGAACGCUCUGUGUCGCUGCUUCGGGAAAUGGGCGACCAAGCUGUUGCUGCUGACGUGAUCGGGUACACAGCUGGAAUUAGCGCGUGCGACAGGAGCGCACAAUGGCAACGCGCGUUGGUGCUAUUUGUCGAGAUCGACGAGGCCAAGGUAGAGCACAAUGUCAUCAGUUACAGUGCUGGAGUUAGCGCUUGCGCCAGUGGGUGGCAGUGGCAGCAAGCGGUAUCGAUUCUCCACGGAAUGAUCCUGCACCGGUUGGAACCCAAUGCUGUCAGUUAUGGCGCUGGAAUCACCGCGUGCGAGAAAGGCGGAUGUUGGUUGCAGGCGAUGUUGCUGCUGCGCGAGAUGAUCGAGGCGAGGGUGGAGCAGUCUGUUAUCUGCCGCAAUGCUGCAAUCAGCGCGUGCGAGAAGGGCGGGCAGUGGCAACAUGCGAUGGCCUUGCUUCACGAAAUGGGACAGGUGGAGUUGGAAGCGGAUGUCAUCAGUCACAGCGCUGCUAUCAGCGCGUGCGUGAGAAGCGGACAGUGGCAGUGGGCAUUAUUGUCGUUCUUCGAUUUGGAAGCCGCAACAUUGAAACACGACACCGUAAGCUACAGGGCUGCCAUCAGCGCCUGCGAGAAAGGCUGCGAAUGGCAACUUGCGCUGCAGCUGUUGGGCAAAUCAGUUGAGGCAAAGUUGCUACCCGAGCCCUUCAUCCAUACUGCUGGGAUCAGCGCCUGUGCGAAGGCUGGGCAGUGGCAGCAGAGCUUGUCGUUACUCUUCCGCUCCAGCGAGUGGGCAUUGGAGAACCACGUCACAAGCUACAACGCCGCAAUCACUGCGUGCGAGAGGUGCGCGCUCUGGCAGCAAGCGCUGCUGCUGCUCUGCCAGCUGGGGGAGGCGAGGCUGAGGGCGGAUGCCAUCAGCUACGGUGCUGCUGUCAGCGCUUGCGAGAAGGGCGGGCAGUGGCAGCAAGCGCUGUCGAUCCUCGGCGAGCUGCUGGACGUGAGGCUCGAGCAGGGCACCAUCGUAUUCAACGCUGGGAUCAGCGCAUGCGAGAAGGGCUCGCAGUGGCAGCGGGCGUUGUCGCUGCUCGGCAGGAUGCGCGGGGCGAAGGCGGAGCCCGACGUCGUGAGCUACUGCGCUGGGAUCAGCGCAUGCGAGAAGGCGGGGCAGUGGCAGCAGGCCCUGUGGCUGCUGCGCAGCUUGCAGGGGGCGGGGCUGGACGCGGACACCGUCAGCUACAACGCCGCCAUCAGCGCGUGCGGCAGGGCCUGGCAGCACCAGCAGGCGCUGGGGCUCCUCGGCGAGCUGCGGGUGGCGGGGCCGGGUGCAGAUGCCAGCUUCUACACUGCUGCAAUAAGCGCGUGUGGAAAUGGUGGGGAUUGGCGGCUGGCGAUGGCCUUGCUCCGCGAGAUGCGCGAGGCGAGGGUGGGGCCGAGCGCCACAUGCUGCAACGCCGCGAUCAGCGCUUGCGAGAAGGGCUUGCAGUGGCAGCGGGCGUUAUCAUUGCUCUCCGAAUUUGCGACUGUCAAGCUUGAGGCAGACACCAUCAGCUAUUGUGCUGCAAUCAGCGCAUGCGAGAAAGGCUGGCAGUGGCAACAGGCGUUGUCGGUGCUGGGGAUGUUGUGCGCAGCGCGUCUGCAGCUUGACGUCAUCAGCUGCAACGCUGGGAUCAGCGCGUGCGAGAAGUCUGGGCAGUGGUUACACGCAGUGUCGUUGCUGCAUGAUUUACGGGGGGCUCGUUUGCAAGCGGAUGUCAUUGGUUACAACGCGUUGAUGAGUACAUGCGAAAAGAGCGGGCAAUGGCAGCAGGCUCUGUCGUUUUUCAGCGAGAUGUCCGACGUGAAGUUAGAGGCUGACGUCACAAGUUGCAAUGCUGGAAUCAGCGCGUGUGAGAAAGCUGGGCAGUGGCAGAGAGCGAUAUGCUUGAUCGCGGAGAUGUGGGAGGCUGAGCUCGACGCUGACAUCAUCAGCUACACUGCUGGAAUCAGCGCAUGCGAGAGAGGCGGGCAGUGGCAACAGGUGCUGUCGUUGAUAGACGACUCGUGGAAAGCGAUGGUGGUACCAGACGCCAGCAUCUAUAGUAUUGGGAUUCACCUGUGUGAGCAAGGUGGGCAGCGCCGACAGGUCCUGUCAUUGCAGAACUUGUUGAGGAUGAUUUUGGUCAUCUAA